AUACAGUUGCCAUGAAGUCAGUAGCUCAGAGAGAUGAAAGACCCUUGAGCUUUGAGCAAAUACUGUAGAUAGACUACACUUCAAACCAGUUACAGUGUGAGGGCUUCCUGUGUGUUCCUUUUGGAGGUGUGUGCAGUGAAGUUAUGUUCCACCCUCAGUUUGUUCUGAACGACUGUUAUCGACUCACCAGAUCUGCAAUGUUUCUCACUGAGUUUCUGCCCGGGUGUCAUAGAGUUGGUUGCCUUUUUCAUUUUCUCAUCCCUCCCUUGGUCUCCUGGCCCUGCAUCCUACGCCAAAGACACUGGAAAAUAGCUUCCUGGAACAGAUUCCAUGUCUACUUCCUGGCGGCUUCUGGCCGGGACUCUGGGCAUCCUGGCCCUGGCCCUCUUAGCAUCUGUGCUAGCACUGGGGAUCCUCAUAACAAACUACUCUUCUGGCCAAGGAUCCGAGAGCCCUUUUUCAGUUCCCAACAUCACAACCCAAAAAGGCUGCUACUCUGGUUCUUGCCCAGAGAACUGGAUCUGGAACAGAGGGAACUGUUAUUACCUUUCUAGAGAAGUCCAGACUUGGCCAGGGAGUCAAAAUGCCUGUCAAAGUAUGAAUUCCAGUCUCCUGAAGGUAGAAGACAGGGAGGAGUUGCAAGAUUUUCUGAAACUUUUGAUAUCUGAUUACUGGAUUGGACUGUCUCGGAGUGGCUCUGAUGGACCCUGGCUGUGGGAGGAUGGAUCUGGUCUCUCCCAUGACCUGUCUGUGCAAGACAUUUUCCCUAAUGGGUGGUGCGUGAAUUAUUAUCCACGGCAAAAUGAAUUUUCAUCUGAAGAUUGUCUCCGGUCAUUUUCUUAUAUUUGUGAGCAAAGAGCUAUAUAGUCUUAAAAAUGCUUACCUUGAAAUAAUGUUUUAAAACAAUCACAUUUCAGGACAUCCUGUAAGGUUUCAAAGCCUGCCUGCUUUUUCUUGAAGUGUAUAUUUUAGAGAAUCACGUGCAGGUCAGUGGACUAUUACUGUACAGAGGUGGGAGGAAGAGAAGUUAUUCCCAUGGGGGAACGAAUGAGAGGACCUGCCGAAUUACCCACUGCUGGAGUUAUUCUCCAGCUAAUGAGAGCUUCUUCUGAAAUGCUGUUGCCUGCAACUUUAUUCAUGAGGAAUGUAUGUAAAUUCUUAUUACGUUGAUAUCAUAAUAAACAGGAAAGUGGACACACUU